CCAUGUUGUCAUACAUGUACUAUGCUCAGAUGUCCUAUACAGUCGUCCUUAGGAUGUCUAUCGAUACCUGCCGCAAAUAGGCCUACAGUAGGCUAUUGGUCUACUGGUACCUUCGCACUCACUGUAUGAGCUAUACAAAAACGUAACGCAAAUGCCGUCAUAGCUACGUAUAGUCAAGCUAUUCCAUUGGAAAAUAUUUUUAGCCUCGAGAGAAGGGCGCACAUCACGGGGAAGAGAGGCAGCCCAUCCGACCGCAGACUGGAAAGGAGCCUAGGCGAUGUUGUGGAUACGAAGAUGAGGUGGAAUGUUUCUUUUUGACUCGCCGAUUUUGCCACGAAUGUGUUUUGUUGGCGAAUUGUUUUCAUGAUCUAUGAAAUUGUAAUCGAAGGACAUAUGGUUCGGAGCUGCGUUUUACACCCGAAAGAGAUCUGAUUUUUUUGACAGGACAGGCCGGCAGAGCAUCCGCUGAUCGACAGGUUGUCGACGCCUCCACUUCCCUUUUAUCUCCACCAUGCUGCCCAGUUUGCAGAGAGUCCUGCGGCCCGCCCUCAUUCUGAGGUCGGGGAACAUUUUGGGAAGAGUCCGCGGGUCAAACCUAGCUCCGCUACGCCAGCCUGUACCGAUGCUGCCCAGCCAGCAGCGCUGCGACUUGGGCACACACCCUCACAAGGACCCGAUGGAGCCCUUGAACUCGCCGCAAGGAGCCAAGGAUUUUAUUUAUAGUCUUCACCCCACCGAACGCACAACCCUGCUUAGAGAACUGCACCGGUUUGAGUCGAUAGCAAUAGCUCAAGGGGAAAUGGUAAUCGCCCCUCCCACAUCGGCUCAGCUGAGAUACGUUCUUCUACACAACGCCAUUCCUUUUGUAGGAUUUGGUUUUCUGGACAAUGCCAUCAUGAUUGUAGCUGGCACGCAGAUCGAGUUGUCCAUAGGUGUGAUCCUUGGGAUUUCAACCAUGGCAGCUGCUGCCCUGGGGAACCUUGUGUCGGACCUGGCUGGACUCGGCCUUGCAGGUUACGUGGAAGCCCUGGCCUGUCGUUGUGGUUUGGUGGGCCCAGACCUGAACCCCAAACAGGCUGACAUGUGGCAGACCAGAGUUAGCACCCACAGUGGUAAAGCCAUCGGAGUUGCCAUCGGCUGCAUCUUAGGGAUGUUCCCGCUACUCUUCUUCAAAGAUGAGACGAAGAAGAAAGAGGCGGAAAGGGAGGGUAAAGAUGGAUCACUAACCCUCAUCUCCACUGGCAGCAGCAGCAGCAAUUGAGACAACUUGACAGAAAGACUUACCUUCUCGGGAAGAGAGAGAACUUAUCAUUGGACUACCGCUACUUCACAACCUAACUACUGCAUAAUGAAUAACCUCUGUUUCCCAGACAGACAGACCUUCCUAGGUAAACUAGAUUACUAACACUACAGUGUAGGAAGCAUGACUACUGAUGUCACUUGUUGAUGUCAAUGUCUUAAAUAGUUCCUCCUGCAACAUUCAAAAGCAGUAUGAAGAAAAACAACAAUGAUAAAUACAAGUGGACCACUCUUCCAACCAUGUUUUCUGCUGCUUCUUUGUUUUUUUGUUUUGUUUUUUGAGUUGGUGCAACUUUUAUUUUUUGAGUUUGGUGUAACUUGGUCCUAAUCAGUUAGAGGUGACCAGGAUGGAUUCCCGGUGGACUACACUCAGAUCAGUUCAAUUGAACUUCAAUAUCUCUCAAGGGGGAUAUUCCUGCAACAUCUGGUGUAAGUAAUCAACAUGCUGUGGGCUGUUGUCUUGUUAGAUUAAAUGACCGUGUGAGAAGAGGACAAGGCCAGCUGCUAUAGCGAGAUAACACAUUUACAGAAACUAUUCCGUCUUCAGUUGGUAUAGUGAGGCUGGAACUUUCCAACUGGAUUUCAUUGGGGCGGCAGGUAGCCUAGUGGUUAGAGCGUUGGACUAAUAAAUGAAAGGUUGCUAGAUCGAAUCCCCCGAGCUGACAAGGUAAAAAUCUGUUGUUCUGCCCCUGAACAAAGCAGUUAACCCGCUGUUCCUAGGCUGUCAUUGAAAAUAAGAAUUUGUUCUUAACUGCCUUGCCUAGUAAAAUAAAUAAAAUUCCACCUUACUUUCCACUAGCGCUGCACGACAGGGCUGAAAUAUGACACGGUUCUUAUAGCCGCUUCCUCUAACGCUGACUUCAAGUUACCCACAAAUCAUUCUGUGGUAUUUUGUAUUUGAAAGUAUCCAUCCUUUUGUUUUCAAGGAUUUGGUCUUUGAGUUUGAUAUGAGGAAUUUAAGUAACUCUAAGGAUCCUGUGUAACUUGGGAGAGAUUCAUAUUAGUUGUCACUUUUAGAUGCUUGGGACAGUGUACCCCCCAGAGACCCAGGCUUCACUCAGUCAAUGAGACCAGAUUUGUAAGGGUGGGCCCAUGAUACUAGGGUUGUAUGGAUACCAGGGGUCAGGGGUGUCACUCAUUCCAUGGCCCAGUGUCAGCUGGUUUGUAAGACCAAUUAAGAUCUAGACAACCAGGUGAGGGGAGUUCCUAACUAACCUAUUAAGACCUAGACAACCAGGUGAGGGGAGUUCCUAACUAACCAAUUAAGACCUAGACAACCAGGUGAGGGGAGUUCCUAACUAACCAAUUAAGACCUAGACAACCAGGUGAGGGGAGUUCCUAACUAACCUAUUAAGACCUAGACAACCAGGUGAGGGGAGUUCCUAACUAACCAAUUAAGACCUAGACAACCAGGUGAGGGGAGUUCCUAACUAACCAAUUAAGACCUAGACAACCAGGUGAGGGGAGUUCCUAACUAACCUAUUAAGACCUAGACAACCAGGUGAGGGGAGUUCCUAACUAACCUAUUAAGACCUAGACAACCAGGUGAGAAGGGGAGUUCCUAACUAACCUAUUAAGACCUAGACAACCAGGUGAGGGGAGUUCCUAACUAACCUAUUAAGACCUAGACAACCAGGUGAGGGGAGUUCCUAACCAAUGAAGACCUAGACAACCAGGUGAGGAGGGGAGUUCCUAACUAAUCAAUUAAGACCUAGACAACCAGGUGAGGGGAGUUCCUAACUAAUCAAUUAAGACCUAGACAACCAGGUGAGGGGAGUUCCUAACUAACCUAUUAAGACCUAGACAACCAGGUGAGGGGAGUUCCUAACUAACCUAUUAAGACCUAGACAACCAGGUGAGGGGAGUUCCUAACCAAUGAAGACCUAGACAACCAGGUGAGGAGGGGAGUUCCUAACUAAUCAAUUAAGACCUAGACAACCAGGUGAGGGGAGUUCCUAACUAACCUAUUAAGACCUAGACAACCAGGUGAGGGGAGUUCCUAACUAACCUAUUAAGACCUAGACAACCAGGUGAGGGGAGUUCCUAACCAAUGAAGACCUAGACAACCAGGUGAGGAGGGGAGUUCCUAACUAACCAAUUAAGACCUAGACAACCAGGUGAGGGGAGUUCCUAACCAAUUAAGACAGAGACAACCAGGUGAGGGGAGUUCCUAACUAACCAAUUAAGACCUAGACAACCAGGUGAGGGGAGUUCCUAACCAAUUAAGUUCUAGACAACCAGGUGAGGGGAGUUCCUAACUAACCAAUUAAGACCUAGACAACCAGGUGAGGGGAGUUCCUAACCAAUUAAGAUCUAGACAACCAGGUGAGGGGAGUUCCUAACUAACCAAUUAAGACAGAGACAACCAGGUGAGGGGAGUUCCUAACCAAUUAAGACCAAGACAACCAGGUGAGGGGAGUUCCUAACCAAUUAAGACCUAGACAACCAGGUGAGGGGAGUUCCUAACUAACCUAUUAAGACAGAGACAACCAGGUGAGGGGAGUUCCUAACUAACCAAUUAAGAUCUAGACAACCAGGUGAGGGGAGUUCCUAACCAAUUAAGACCAAGACAACCAGGUGAGGGGAGUUCCUAACUAACCUAUUAAGACAGAGACAACCAGGUGAGGGGAGUUCCUAACUAACCAAUUAAGACCUAGACAACCAGGUGAGGGGAGUUCCUAACUAACCUAUUAAGACAGAGACAACCAGGUGAGGGGAGUUCCUAACCAAUUAAGACCAAGACAACCAGGUGAGGGGAGCUCCUAACCAAUUAAGACCGAGACAACCAGGUGAGGGGAGUUCCUAACUAACCAAUUAAGACCUAGACAACCAGGUGAGGGGAGUUCCUAACCAAUUAAGAUCUAGACAACCAGGUGAGGGGAGUUCCUAACUAACCAAUUAAGACAGAGACAACCAGGUGAGGGGAGUUCCUAACCAAUUAAGACCAAGACAAUCAGGUGAGGGGAGUUCCUAACCAAUUAAGACCUAGACAACCAGGUGAGGGGAGUUCCUAACUAACCUAUUAAGACAGAGACAACCAGGUGAGGGGAGUUCCUAACCAAUUAAGACCAAGACAACCAGGUGAGGGGAGUUCCUAACUAACCUAUUAAGACAGAGACAACCAGGUGAGGGGAGUUCCUAACUAACCAAUUAAGACCUAGACAACCAGGUGAGGGGAGUUCCUAACUAACCUAUUAAGACAGAGACAACCAGGUGAGGGGAGUUCCUAACCAAUUAAGACCAAGACAACCAGGUGAGGGGAGCUCCUAACCAAUUAAGACCGAGACAACCAGGUGAGGGGAGUUCCUAACUAACCAAUUAAGACCUAGACAACCAGGUGAGGGGAGUUCCUAACUAACCAAUGAAGACCUAGACAACCAGGUGAGGGGAGUUCCUAACCAAUGAAGACCUAGACAACCAGGUGAGGGGAGUUCCUAACCAAUGAAGACCUAGACAACCAGGUGAGGGGAGUUCCUAACCAAUGAAGACCUAGACAACCAGGUGAGGAGGGGAGUUCCUAACUAAUGAAGACCUAGACAACCAGGUGAGGAGGGGAGUUCCUAACUAAUGAAGACCUAGACAACCAGGUGAGGAGGGGAGUUCCUAACUAAUGAAGACCUAGACAACCAGGUGAGAAGGGGAGUUCCUAACUAAUCAGUGACCUUACUCGAUCAAUCAAGAACAAACGAGGAGCAAAAACCCACAGACACUCGGCCCAUAGACAUAGAAUGGAACGAGUCUGACACCUGUGGUAUCAGUGGACAGCUGUAUUUUUAUUGAGCGCUGGGCACAUAAUCCUACCACCAGAGGGCGUUGUGGAGCCAACUCACCCAAGCAUGACUAUCUGUGUGCAUUAUCCACAUGGCUUGGCCAUUGGCUGUGGAAACUCUCGUCUUAACAUGCAUACGCCUGUAAUCUAGUCUCUUAUCUGGAUAUUGAGCAGUAUAUAGAAAGCAAGCCUACUCACAGCCUCUAGAACUCUGUUGAUAUCAUAUACACCAGGCUUCCCCAUCUAGAACUCUGUUGAUAUCAUAUACACCAGGCUUCCCCAUCUAGAACUCUGUUGAUAUCAUAUACACCAGGCUUCCCCAUCUAGAACUCUGUUGAUGUCAUAUACACCAGGCUUCCCCAUCUAGAACUCUGUUGAUGUCAUAUACACCAAGCUUCCCCAUCUAGAACUCUGUUGAUGUCAUAUACACCAGGCUUCCCCAUCUAGAACUCUGUUGAUAUCAUAUACACCAGGCUUCCCCAUCUAGAACUCUGUUGAUGUCAUAUACACCAGGCUUCCCCAUCUAGAACUCUGUUGAUAUCUUAUACACCAGGCUUCCCCAUCUAGAACUCUGUUGAUAUCUUAUACACCAGGCUUCCCCAUCUAGAACUCUGUUGAUAUCAUAUACACCAGGCUUCCCCAUCUAGAACUCUGUUGAUAUCAUAUACACCAGGCUUCCCCAUCUAGAACUCUGUUGAUAUCCUAUACACCAGGCUUCCCCAUCUAGAACUCUGUUGAUAUCAUAUACACCAGGCUUCCCCAUCUAGAACUCUGUUGAUGUCAUAGACACCAGGCUUCCCCAUCUAGAACUCUGUUGAUAUCAUAUACACCAGGCUUCCCCAUCUAGAACUUUUGAUAUCAUAUACACCAGGCUUCCCCAUCUAGAACUCUGUUGAUGUCAUAUACACCAGGCUUCCCCAUCUAGAACUCUGUUGAUGUCAUAUACACCAGGCUUCCCCAUCUAGAACUCUGUUGAUAUCAUAUACACCAGGCUUCCCCAUCUAGAACUCUGUUGAUAUCAUAUACACCAGGCUUCCCCAUCUAGAACUCUGUUGAUAUCAUAUACACCAGGCUUCCCCAUCUAGAACUCUGUUGAUGUCAUAUACACCAGGCUUCCCCAUCUAGAACUCUGUUGAUGUCAUAUACACCAGGCUUCCCCAUCUAGAACUCUGUUGAUAUCAUAUACACCAGGCUUCCCCAUCUAGAACUCUGUUGAUGUCAUAUACACCAGGCUUCCCCAUCUAGAACUCUGUUGAGUAGCAGUACAGUCCCAGUAACCUCCACUAACAGUACAGUCCCAGUAACCUCCACUAACAGGACAGUCCCAGUAACCUCCACUAACAGUACAGUCCCAGUAACCUCCACUAACAGUACAGUCCCAGUAACCUCCACUAACAGUACAGUCCCAGUAACCUCCACUAACAGUACAGUCCCAGUAACCUCCACUAACAGUAGAGUCCCAGUAACCUCCACUAACAGUACAGUCCCAUUAUUCUCUACUAGCAGUACAGUCCCAGUAACCUCCACUAGCAGUACAGUCCCAGUAACCUCCACUAGUAGUACAGUCCCAGUAACCUCCACUAGCAGUACAGUCCCAGUAUCUCCACUAACAGUACAGUCCCAGUAACCUCCACUAACAGUACAGUCCCAGUAACCUCCACUAACAGUACAGUCCCAGUAACCUCCACUAACGGUACAGUCCCAGUAACCUCCACUAACAGUAGAGUCCCAGUAACCUCCACUAACAGUACAGUCCCAGUAACCUCCACUAACAGUACAGUCCCAUUAUUCUCUACUAGCAGUACAGUCCCAGUAACCUCCACUAACAGUACAGUCCCAGUAACCUCCACUAACAGUAGAGUCCCAGUAACCUCCACUAACAGUACAGUCCCAGUAACCUCCACUAACAGUACAGUCCUAUUAUUCUCUACUAGCAGUACAGUCCCAGUAACCUCCACUAGCAGUACAGUCCCAGUAACCUCCACUAGUAGUACAGUCCCAGUAACCUCCACUAGCAGUACAGUCCCAGUAUCUCCACUAACAGUACAGUCCCAGUAACCUCCACUAGCAGUACAGUAACCUCCACUAACAGUACAGUCCCAGUAACCUCCACUAACAGUACAGUCCCAGUAACCUCCACUAGCAGUACAGUAACCUCCACUAGCAGUACAGUCCCAGUAACCUCCACUAACAGUACAGUCCCAGUAACCUCCACUAGCAGUACAGUCCCAGUAACCUCCACUAACAGUACAGUCCCAGUAUCUCCACUAACAGUACAGUCCCAGUAACCUCCACUAGCAGUACAGUAACCUCCACUAACAGUACAGUCCCAGUAACCUCCACUAACAGUACAGUCCCAGUAACCUCCACUAACAGUACAGUAACCUCCACUAGCAGUACAGUCCCAGUAACCUCCACUAACAGUACAGUCCCAGUAACCUCCACUAACAGUACAGUCCCAGUAACCUCCACUAACAGUACAGUCCCAGUAACCUCCACUAACAGUACAGUCCCAGUAACCUCCACUAACAGUACAGUCCCAGUAACCUCCACUAACAGUACAGUCCCAGUAACCUCCACUAACAGUACAGUCCCAGUAACCUCCGCUAACAGUACAGUCCCAGUAACCUCCACUAGCAGUACAGUAACCUCCACUAACAGUACAGUCCCAGUAACCUCCACUAACAGUACAGUCCCAGUAACCUCCACUAACAGUACAGUCCCAGUAACCUCCACUAACAGUACAGUCCCAGUAACCUCCACUAGCAGUACAGUCCCAGUAACCUCCACUAACAGUACAGUCCCAGUAACCUCCACUAACAGUACAGUCCCAGUAACCUCCACUAGCAGUACAGUCCCAGUAACCUCCACUAACAGUACAGUCCCAGUAACCUCCACUAACAGUACAGUCCCAGUAACCUCCACUAACAGUACAGUCCCAGUAACCUCCACUAGCAGUACAGUCCCAGUAACCUCCACUAGCAGUACAGUCCCAGUAACCUCAUCAUCUGCCUGCCUUUGUAUCUAUGGAUUUGUCCCAAAUGGCACCCUUUUCCCAAAAUAGUGCACUACUUUUUCCCAGAGCCUUAUGGUGAUUCAUUUUGAUGCCUCAUUCAUUCACACUGAGGUGCCCUUAUCGUCUCUCUGUUGCACUCUCUCUCUCUCUCUCUCUCUCUCUCUCUCUCUCUCUCUCUCUCUCUCUCUCUCUCUCUCUCUCUCUCUCUCUCUGUCUCUCUGUCUCUCUCUCUCUCUCUCUCUCUCUCUGUCUCUCUGUCUCUCUCUCUCUCUGUCUCUCUGUCUCUAUCUCCCUGUUUCUCUCUCUACGUGUUUCUCUCUCUCUGUGUUUCUCUCUCUCUGUCUCUCUCUCUGUUUCGCUCUCUUUCUCUCUCUGUUUCCCUAACUCUUUUUCGCUCUCUCUCUAACAGCCUCCUUCAGUGAUUAUUAAAGCAGUUGUAUUCUGAGACAGACGGUAUACUACCUUUGGGAACAGAUUGUUUUAGAGGUACUGUGUGAGAUGAGAGAGGGAGGGAGAGAGAAAGGGGAGAGAGAGAGAGAGAGAGAGAGAGAGAGAGGGAGAUGAGAGAGGGAGAAAGAGAGAGGGGGAGAGAAAGAGAGCGGAAAAGAGACAGAGACCAUUAGAAGGCCCAUAAUUUAGCCACAGAGGAUCAAUAGCUUUUUUUUUUAAAUAGCCUAGCUGUGGAUUGUAGCUCAAUAACAAGAGGUAGCUUACAGUCAGGAACGCGCGGCAAAUCUGUCAGUGGGAAAAACAGCAUGCAGACAAAAACCUUUUGCAAUAUUUCAAAUACAAUGGAAUACGAUGUGGCUCCUGCUGAAAACACUCUGCUGAAAACACUCUGCUCCUGCUGAAAACACUCUGCUCCUGGUGAAAACACUCUGCUCCUGCUGAAAACACUCUGCUCCUGCUGAAAACACUCUGCUCCUGCUGAAAACACUCUGCUCCUGCUGAAAACACUCUGCUGAAAACACUCUGCUCCUGCUGAAAACACUCUGCUCCUGCUGAAAACACUCUGCUGAAAACACUCUGCUCCUGCUGAAAACACUCUGCUCCUGGUGAAAACACUCUGCUCCUGCUGAAAACACUCUGCUCCUGCUGAAAACACUCUGCUGAAAACACUCUGCUCCUGCUGAAAACACUCUGCUCCUGCUGAAGACACUCUGCUGAAAACACUCUGCUGAAAACACUCUGCUCCUGCUGAAAACACUCUGCUCCUGCUGAAGACACUCUGCUGAAAACACUCUGCUGAAAACACUCUGCUCCUGCUGGAAACACUCUGCUGAAAACACUCUGCUGAAAACACUCUGCUCCUGCUGAAGACACGCUGCUCCUGCUGAAAACACUCUACUCCUGCUGAAAACACUCUGCUCCUGCUGAAAACACUCUUCUCCUGCUGGAAACACUCUGCUCCUGCUGAAAACACUCUUCUCCUGCUGAAAACACUCUGCUGAAAACACUCUGCUCCUGCUGGAAACACUCUGCUCCUGGUGAAAACACUCUGCUCCUGCUGAAGACACUCUGCUGAAAACACUCUGCUCCUGCUGGAAACACUCUGCUCCUGGUGAAAACACUCUGCUCCUGCUGGAAACACUCUGCUCCUGCUGAAAACACUCUGCUGAAAACACUCUGCUCCUGCUGAAAACACUCUGCUCCUGCUGAAAACACUCUGCUGAAAACACUCUGCUCCUGCUGAAAACACUCUGCUCCUGCUGGAAACACUCUGCUCCUGCUGGAAACACUCUGCUCCUGCUGGAAACACUCUGCUCCUGAAAACACUCUGCUCCCACUCUGCUCCUGCUGAAAACACUCUGCUCCCACUCUGCUCCCGCUGAAAACACUCUGCUCCUGCUGGAAACACUCUGCUCCUGCUGAAAACACUCUGCUCCCACUCUGCUCCCGCUGAAAACACUCUGCUCCUGCUGAAAACACUCUGCUCCUGCUGAAAACACUCUGCUCCUGCUGGAAACACUCUGCUCCUGAAAACACUCUGCUCUUGCUGAAAACACUCUGCUCCUGCUGAAAACACUCUGCUGAAAACACUCUGCUCCUGAAAACACUCUGCUCUUGCUGAAAACACUCUGCUCCUGCUGAAAACACUCUGCCCCUGCUGAAAACACUCUGCUCCUGCUGGAAACACUCUGCUCCUGCUGAAAACACUCUGCUCCUGCUGAAAACACUCUGCUCCUGCUGAAAACACUCUGCUCCUGCUGAAGACACUUUGCUCCUGCUGAAGACACUCUGCUCCUGCUGAAAACACUCUGCUCCUGCUGAAAACACUCUGCUCCCGCUGAAGACACUCUGCUCCCGCUGAAGACACUCUGCUCCUGCUGGAAACACUCUGCUCCUGCUGAAAACACUCUGCUCCUGCUGAAGACACUCUGCUCCUGCUGAAGACACUCUGCUCCUGCUGAAAACACUCUGCUCCUGCUGAAAACACUCUGCUCCCGCUGAAGACACUCUGCUCCUGCUGAAGACACUCUGCUCCUGCUGGAAACACUCUGCUCCUGCUGGAAACACUCUGCUCCCGCUGAAGACACUCUGCUCCUGCUGAAGACACUCUGCUCCUGCUGAAAACACUCUGCUGAAAACACUCUGCUCCUGCUGGAAACACUCUGCUCCUGCUGGAAACACUCUGCUCCUGCUGAAAACACUCUGCUCCUGCUGAAAACACUAUGCUCCUGCUGAAAACACUCUGCUCCUGCUGAAGACACUCUGCUCCUGCUGAAAACACUCUGCUCCUGCUGAAGACACUCUGCUGAAAACACUCUGCUCCUGCUGAAAACACUCUGCUCCUGCUGAAAACACUCUGCUCCUGCUGGAAACACUCUGCUCCUGCUGAAAACACUCUGCUCCUGCUGAAAACACUCUGCUCCUGCUGAAAACACUCUGCUCCUGCUGAAAACACUCUGCUCCUGCUGAAGACACUCUGCUGAAAACACUCUGCUCCUGCUGAAAACACUCUGCUCCUGCUGAAAACACUCUGCUCCUGCUGAAAACACUCUGCUCCUGCUGAAAACACUCUGCUCCUGCUGAAAACACGCUGCUG